AAGUAGGACCACAAGUGAGUCCCUUAGAUGACAACUGAUUUAUCAGAGGAGAAGUCUUUAGCAAGUAUUCCUUAGCCCACCAUGGACAUUUCUGAAACAGCAGUCUCCAUCUGCUUUUCUUAACCCCACAAAAAGAGGUCAGAUUUCACCCGGAUGGAUAUGUGCAAGAAGAAAGCACAAUAACACAGCAUCAACAGGAUUUAUCAUCUCAGCCUCAGCUCCCAGUCCUCUGCCUUGCUGUCAAUUGCAAACUGGGAGUGAUAAAUGUGACAUCAAAAUGCAGUCUCACACUUUGGUUUCUGAACAUCAACAACAAAAAAGAAUGGAGGAAGCCGAAUUGCUGAAAGAAAGAUUCCAGGCCAUAACAGACAAAAGAAAACUGCAAGAAGAAAUUACACAGAAACGUCUAAAAGUGGAAGAGGAAAAAAUGAAGCACCAACAUUUAAAGAAAAAGGCCUUGCGAGAAAAAUGGCUCUUGGAUGGCCUGAGUUCGAUGACUGCAAAAGAGCAAGAAGAAAUGCAAAAGCAGAAUCUGGAGGACCAACAACAGACUCGUGAGCUGGAACAAGACAUUUUCAGACUGGAGAAGGAAAUUGAGGCUCUGGAAAGACAGGAAAUGGAAGUCUCAGCUAAGGAAGAAGCAAUCUUAAAGAAACUGAAGUCUGUUGAGAAAACAACAGAAGACAUAAUAAAGUCUGUGAAGACUGAAAAAGCAGGAUUUGAAAAAGAGUCAGCAGACUACAUCUAUGCCAGCAUACCUGACCUACCCAAGCACUUCAGGCCUUCCACACUGAGAGGUACAGCACAUGCUGCCAACGAUGAUGAAGAAAAGAGAAAAGCAUUGUUUGCCAUGGAAAUUAAAGUUGAAAAAGAUAUGAAGACAGGAGAAAACACAGUGUUAUCAACAAUCCCUCUUCCAUCAAAGGAGUUUAAAGAGACAGGAGUUAAAGUCUAUGAUGAUGGCAGGAAGUCAGUCUAUGCAGUGUCUUCAAAUGGCAAUACAACACAAAAUGGCAUGGAUGAACUUGCUCCUGUUGAAGUGGAGGACCUGCUACGGCAGGCAACUGAAAAAAAUUCCCAGUCUCCCACAGAGUAUCAUGAGCCUGUGUUUGCAAACAAAUUUUGCAGGCCAGUUACUCCUCAGAAAGACAAAUUAGUCCCUGGACCAAAAGUGGAAGACACCAAAAGAAGAGAAAUGAAUGGAUUCAGCAAUCAGACAGAACUCUCCUCCAAAACAGAGCCCUUUAUGCAGCAAAAUAAAGAGAAUGGGUUUGAUCUUCCAAAGGUAGUACAGCCGAAGUCUCCCUCUCCAGUAAUUUCCCAUCCAGAGAAGAAAGUGCACACUAACACGGAGAACAGGAUGAUUCAUAAUGAAGAACGAAAAGCUGGACAUGAGGAAUUAAAACCUUACCAGAAUACAAGAGAAAGGCAUAAUGAGACAAGGCUUUUGAGUCCCCACCAUGUUAAUGAAACAUCCCCUCCACCUCAAGAGGAGGAAGAUGUUCGAUACAACCUUGUCCAAGCUGUGCCUUGUUAUGUGGAUGACUCUGAGCCAGUUACAAUGGUUUUCAUGGGUUAUCAGCGCAUUGAUGAUGACGAUGCAGAAGCAGAGCAGAAGCUGUCACGAUAUGAUGGGGUUAUCCGUGCAGAAUUGGUUGUCAUUGAUGAUGAUGAUAGCAAAUCUGAGAAACCAGCAUAUCAUCCCAUAGGCCACUACAGUCAGGUUUAUCAGCCACCAGGCAGGAAAAUCACAGAAGCCCCACAGACGAACCCUGUGAGCAGUCUGGGCACGAGCCUGAGCAAGGUACCCCACAAAAAUUCCAUCUCCCUGCAAGAACAAGAGGAAUGCUUAAGCUCGCCAUCACACCAUGCUCAUCUUCAUGGCCAGGUGUCUGGAGACGGUACAGAAGAUCCCUCACUAACAGCUCUGAGGAUGAGAAUGGCAAAGCUGGGGAAAAAGGUGAUUUAACAGCUGUAGUGACAUGGAAGUAAAAUUUAUUACUCAAAGCAGAAUAAAGCUAAGAAGACUUUCUUCCACACGCUUUUUCUGGAUCAUAAUGCUUGUUUUGACCUCUGUUUUAUGGGCUAUUUUGCCCUGUGCAUAAUCUAAUGGACUUUAACAGACUUUCAGAUUUGACCAACUGCCACAUACACGCAAAUCAUAUCCUGGAUUUUGUUAAAAGUAGUGGGAAGUUACAUAAGGCCAUAAAUGCAGUUUAUAUACAAUUACGAAGACAUGUAAGUACCUGUUCCCACAAUCAGGAAUAUGCUGUUGCUAUAUACACAGAGCAGAUAAACACCCACUGCCAUGGAACUUCUCGGGACAUUGCUUCACAUCAAAGUGUGCCAAUCUAUCCCAUUUUAACCAAAGAUGCCACCCCAGCAUUUUCUUGUCAAAAGCACUGGUUAAUAAAAAGCUAAACAUGAAAGAGAAGAUCAGGAAGAAACGUAAAUAUAAAAGCUGCUUUCCAAUCAUGCUACCUUGGCUGAAAUUUAAAGCAUUCCUUCUUAAGUGACAGCAGAACCAACCAAAAAUAGUUAAGUCAGCAUAUUAAAAUAUUUAUCCACCUUCUAGAGCUCCACAGUCCAUUCACCCUCC